AUGUUCCUCUACCUCAAACUCACUACCUCCAUCCAACGAGAAACUACCUCAUUCCUCUGUGUCCCAACAUCUACCGACCCCAAUCCUCCUCUACUUCAAACUCACUACCUCCAUCCAACAAGAAACUACCUCAUUCCUCUGUGUCCCAACAUCUACCAACCUAAAUGUUCCUCUACCUCAAACUCACUACCUCCAUCCAACAAGAAACUACCUCAUUCCUCCGUGUUCCAACAUCUACCGAUCCCAAUGUUCCUCUACCUCAAACUCACUACCUCCAUCCAACGAGAAACUACCUCAUUCCUCCGUGUCCCAACAUCUACCGAUCCCAAUGUUCCUCUACCUCAAACUCACUACCUCCAUCCAACGAGAAACUACCUCAUUCCUCUGUGUCCCAACAUCUACCAACCUCAAUGUUCCUCUACCUCAAACUCACUACCUCCAUCCAACGAGAAACUACCUCAUUCCUCUGUGUCCCAACAUCUACCGACCCCAAUCCUCCUCUACUUCAAACUCACUACCUCCAUCCAACAAGAAACUACCUCAUUCCUCCAUGUCCCAACAUCUACCAACCCCAAUCCUCCUCUACCUCAAACUCACUACCUCCAUCCAACGAGAAACUACGUCAUUCCUCCGUGUCCCAACAUCCAAACCAACCGCAAUGUUCCUCUACCUCAAACUCACUACCUCCAUCCAACGAGAAACUACCUCAUUCCUCCAUGUCCCAACAUCUACCAACCCCAAUCCUCCUCUACCUCAAACUCACUGCCUCCAUCCAACGAGAAACUACGUCAUUCCUCCGUGUCCCAACAUCUACAAACCAACCGCAAUGUUCCUCUACCUUAA